UUACAAAGCUGAAGAUUGGAAAGUACGACGGAAGUUUUUCUCGAAAAGUUUUAACCAGCCCCUCCUCAAUUCUUAUGUGCAUUACUUUUAUCGUAAUAGCAAUGUGUUGGUAGAUGUGCUACACAAUGAUUACGAAGAUCUUUUCAGCGUCUUCGGUCAUUAUACCUUUGACACAUUUUGCGACAUAUAUGUCGGUAAGAGCUACAACUUACAAACUGAUCCCAACAAUAGACUGAUAGAAGAGAUGGACGCAGUCCAGAAAUAUAUCGGAGAGAGUAGUGUGGUGGCAGUUACGUUUGGUUUUCCACUGGAUCUGAAGGGUCUUGUAACUAAUGGUUGGAGUACGAUAUCACUGUUUAAUAAAUUAAGAAAACUUAGUUUCAGUAUGAUCGACUUUAGAAGAGAGGAACUACAGAAGGAGCCAGUUGUAGGUUCCCAGUUAUCUUUUCUGGAUGCAAUGAUAAGCCGAGGUGAUCUUUUUCAUCCAAGCAUUAUGUCCAAAGAAUUAAUGGUUUUUUUAUUAGCCGCCACAGACACUACCGGAAACGCAUUGACUUUUAUUUUUACAUUAUUGGGAAUGCAUCCAGAAAUUCAGCAAAAAGUAUACGAAGAGGUAAUAACGGAGAUUGGCCGUGAUGCACCUAUCGAAACAGAUCAUUUACCAAAAUUGAAAUAUACUGAGAGAGUUAUAUCCGAAAGUAUGAGGUUGCUUCCGCCUGUGCCUAUCGUGGCCAGAUAUCUUAAUAAGGACAUUCAAAUUGGAGACAAAACAUUUCCUAAAGGAGCCAAUGUAAUAGUCUAUACCCUUGCUCUUCACCGUAACAGCAAAUAUUGGCCGAAUCCAAAGAAGUUUGAUCCAGACAGGUUUCUACCAGAAGAAAUUGCUAAAAGACCACCAUCUUGCUACAUACCUUUUUCAGGGGGGCCAAGGAAUUGUAUAGGCAAACUAUACGCAAUGAUGUCUAUGAAAGUGGUGGUGGCCAAUGUGACUAGAAAUUUUCUGAUAUCAUCCAAAUAUCGCUCAGUUGAUGAGAUGGAGAUGAGAGGCUUAAUGACAAUGAGGACAAAAGACGAUAUUGACUGCCAUUUCUCACCCAGAAAUAUUUUAGAUACAUAUAGACUACAGACUGGAUCGGCUGAAAAAUUAGGAUUGCCGUGCAACGUGUGGCUCGGACAUAAUAAUCUGUAUUUUACUGACGAUGCAGAAGAAAUUCGAGUGUUCCUAAAUCACCCAGACAGUUUGCAUAAGUCAUUUUUGUACGAUGGAAUGAGAAUGGUGUUUAAGAACAGUCUUCUCUUUCAACCUGAAGAUUUUUUAGCUGAUAAAGUUCGAUGCAGGAUGGCAGAAUUUGAUAAAUGUCCAGUUGUAGAUUCUCAGUUAUCAUUUGUGGACGCCAUGUUGAACAGAAAAGACAUCUUUCCUCGGAAAAUAAUAGAAACGGAGUUUAUAUUAUUUGCAUCAGCGGCUACCGACACGACUGGAAAUUCAUUAGUAUUUAUAUUUACGUUACUGGGUAUGUAUCCAGAAAUCCAGGAGAAAGUAUUUGAAGAAAUAGUAACUAAUAUUGGUCGCGAUGAACCUAUUGAGGUAGACCAUUUAACCAAAUUGAAAUAUACUGAACGAGUUAUUUUUGAAUGCAUGAGAUUAUUACCAAGUGUGACCGAAGUAAGCCGAUAUAUCUCUAAAGAUAUAAGAAUAGGAGACAAAACCUUUCCAAAAGGAACCAAUAUAUCAAUAUACAUUCUUGGUGUUCAUCGAAAUAGCAAAUAUUGGCCGAAUCCUGAUAAGUUUGAUCCAGACAGAUUUCUACCAGAAGAAAUUGCCAAAAGGCCUCCUUAUGCCUACAUUCCGUUCUCUGCAGGACCUAGGAACUGCAUAGGAAAAAUGUUUGCUACCAUGUCCAUAAAAGUGGUCGUGGCCAACGUGAUAAGAAAUUUUCGAGUGUCGUCAAAGUAUCGAUCGAUAGAUGAGAUGGAGAUGAGAUGUUACAUGACCAUGAGGACGAAACAUGGCAUAGACUGCCAUUUUACUCCAAGAGAUUGACGAAAUAAUUUUAAAACGUUAUG